AUGACCACGAUUCACCCAAUGUCACUCAUUCACAGCAAUGAGAAUAUUCCCGGCCUUGUGUCAAAUAACAAACCCACACAGUGUAUAAUUUGUGAUAAACCAUUUGAGUUAGACGAUGUGAUAGUUUGUACGCCGUGUAAACACGUUUUUCAUAAGGAAUGCAUUGUUCGCAUAUUAAACGAGACUCAGGAAUGUCCUAUAUGUGCUAAGCUAUGCAGGACGAACCGUCUAGUGCCCUAUGACAUUUUGUCAAGUACGGCAGAUCAGACGACAGAUAGACAGGCUUCGGCUAGGACUGAUUUGGGGGCGAUCCCUAAGACCGUUAAUCAAAAGAAGAAACCACCUAGGAAGAACUUGGCUGAUUCAGCUUUGAAUAGGAAUUUACCCAGACAUUCGAUAGAAGGAGGUGCUAGAUCCUUGGACCAACUUUUAGAUAUUUCACAGGCUCCUAAUGAUUUAGAGUUUCUGCCGACAGAUCCACGGAACACUAAUAUUUCUAGUAGGCCUGACGCUAGAGCCACGGCUUCGACUGUUCCGAAACCAAACAGGAAACCGGCUAGGAGGAAUUUGUCAAGGACUCCAGGCUUUGGGAAUUAUUUUGGUAGUGUUCCAAGAGCAUCCGAUCAGUUUUUGAAUUCAUUACACCCUAUUCCAAAUACUAAUAGUCAACAGCGACCACUGGAGCAACAGAACCUGAGUGACAGUUUUCUACAAAAUUUGAUUAAUGACGCGAUUAGGAACCAACUGUCUUCCAUGAGUUUGAAUCAAGGCAACCACACGAGACUUAGUUUCGCGAAUCCUGAUGUUGGAGUAAAUGCUCCUAAUAGACGACAUGUGGGUCAGAACAGGCAGGAUCGUUUCAUUGAUUUGACCACCGAUAAAGUAUCGAAUAUUAUUUCUGGCUGGAGAUUGAAAUUUACGGGUGAAGAGGAAACCGGAUUAUCUGUGGAUAAUUUUAUUUACAGGGUUCAGGCUCUUACUGUCCAGAAUUUACGUGGUGACUUUGACACACUUUGCCGACACAUAGAUUUACUUUUUUCUGGAAAGGCAACGGAUUGGUUCUGGCGAUAUCACAGAACUGUGAACCGCAUUGAUUGGGUUUCCUUAUGUCGCGAGUUGAGAAACCAAUUUCGUGAUCGUCGGACAGAUUUUGACUUGAAGGAACAGAUCAGGUGUAGGAAACAAGAAAUAGGUGAGCGAUUCGAUUCCUUUUAUGACGCUAUUCUACAGAUCUCUGAUAGAUUGCAAUAUCCUCCAGAAGAACACGAAUUAGUAGAGAUACUAAGACGAAAUCUUAGGCCCGAAGUGCGGAAGGAACUAUUACACUUUCCGAUACAUUCUAUUUCUGAUUUGAGAGAAUAUGUGAGGAAACACGAGAUAUUAAACGAGGAACUAAAUAAGUAUAGAAACAAUAGAGCAUUUGUUCCACGUAGAAAUGUGUCAGAAAUUGAAAUUGAGGAAGUUAUUGAGGACGAGACGGUAGAAAUCGACGAGAUAAUUGAGGUUACUUGUUGGAAUUGUUUGGAGCCAGGCCACAAGUUUGAAGACUGCUUAGAAUGUCAAACUGACCCCUCUGACAAUACAGAUACGAGAGUAGCAACCACCUAUGACGACUUCCCCAGACAUGUAAAGCCGUAUCAUAUACGACUCAGGGAAUACAAAGAGGCAAGAGCGAGGAUCUUCCAUGAGGAAAUUCUAGUACCCACUCCGGUUAGGAGGAUGAAAAGGUCAACGAGUAGGUUGAGGUCCUUUUGGCGGAAUGUUUUGUCUUGUCGUAGGAAAUUUUGUUCUGCUAUUGUAUCUGGUAUGGUCAAAUCUGAUUUAAGACCAUAUGCGACAGUGAAUAUUUUUCGGAAAGAAGUAGUAGGAUUGAUAGACACAGGAGCUACGACUUCUUGCUUCGCUUCCGAUUACGCGAAACAAUUCUUGGACCAGAACGAAUAUCCUUGGAAUAGAUUCAAUAUAAAACUGCAGACCGCGGAUGGGAAACCACACCUUGCUGUAGGUUGCGUAACGACAUCAGUCUCAUUUCGGGGACAAACUAGAGACAUUACGUUUUUAAUAAUUCCUAAUUUGACACAAAAUGUUUAUUUAGGAGUUGAUUUUGUUAGAGAAUUUGGUUUAGCCAAUGACUUAUUUUCAGAGAACAGGUCUAUGACUUCGGCAUUGGGAGUAGACGAGAUUGGGAUGAAUGAGGAUACACAUAACCUUGACAAAGAUCAGCAGAAUGUUCUUAAUGCUGCAAUUAGCGCAUUUCCUUCAUACAGCAAGGAAGGGCUAGGACGGACGUCUUUAGUUACCCAUACCAUAGAUACUGGUGAAAGUAAACCGAUUAAGCAGAGGCAUUUUGCGGUUUCGCCCGCUGUAGAACAAAUGCUUUUCUCAGAGAUUGACCGCAUGCUCGAGUUAGGCGUGAUUGAAGAGUCGCAAAGUCCAUGGUCCUCGCCGGUGGCGCUGGUACACAAACCUGGGAAGGUACGACUGUGUCUGGACGCACGGAAGUUGAACAGUGUUACGGUGAAAGACGCUUAUCCUUUGCCUUUAAUCGAUGGAAUUUUAAGUAGGCUCCCAAAGGCAAGAUUUAUUACGAGUCUUGACCUGAAGGACGCCUUCUGGCAAAUUCCAUUAGAUGAAAAGUCAAAGGAGAAGACCGCUUUCACUGUACCCGGCCGUCCAUUGUACCAGUUCGUUACCAUGCCGUUUGGUUUGUGUAACGCCCCACAGACGAUGUCCCGACUCAUGGACCGAGUUAUUCCGGCGAAUUUGAGGACCAAAGUAUUCAUCUAUUUAGAUGAUUUGCUUCUAAUUACUGAGACAUUUGAGGAGCACAUUCUACUACUGCAAGAGAUAGCUUUAUGCAUGAGAAAGGCAAACUUGACAAUUAAUGUGGAGAAAAGUCGGUUCAUGCUUAGACAUGUGAAGUAUUUGGGACAUAUAAUUGGUUAUGGUACUAUUAAGACUGAUCCGGAGAAGGUGCAAGCCAUUCGAGAUUUUCCCUUGCCAACAUCCGUUCGUCAGCUAAGGAGAUUUUUAGGCGUUUGUGGUUGGUAUAGACGAUUUGUUCGUGAUUUCGCUUCGAUUAGUUCACCAAUUACCGAUAUGCUUCAAAAGGGCAAGAAAUUUUUAUGGUCUGAGGAGGCAGUUCAAGCUUUUACUAAUUUGAAGGAGAUUCUCUGUUCGGCUCCGGUGUUACACAACCCGGAUUUUGCUAGGCCAUUUUCAAUACAGUGUGAUGCGAGUCAAUAUGGUAUUGGGGCGGUUUUGGCUCAGAGGGAUGACGAUGGUGAGGAGGUCCCUAUUGCUUACAUGAGCCAUAAGAUGACGACACCGCAGAGGAAUUAUUCUGUUUCUGAGCAAGAAUGUUUGGCGGCCGUCAUGGCCAUCAAAAAGUUUCGUGCUUAUGUGGAGGGCCACCAAUUCGAGGUCAUAACGGAUCAUGCCUCGUUAAAAUGGCUGAUGGGCCAGACAGACUUGCAUGGACGUCUUGCACGAUGGGCGUUGAAACUGCAAGGUUUCAAUUUCACCAUAAGACACCGAAAGGGCAGCCAAAACGUUGUGCCAGAUUCCUUAUCCCGCAUGUAUUCGGAAAAUAAUGAUGAGAUAGGCCAUUUAGCUAUUGACGGAUUGUUUAUAGAGGAAUUAGAUAGUUCGGUCGAGAUUGAUUUAGGAUCAGAGGAGUUCAAGUCUCCCGAUUAUUUGGACCUUCAGGAGAGAUUAAGUUCUAACAUUAAGCACCUUCCUGAUAUUAGGAUACAAGAUGGGUUCAUUUAUAAGAGGGUAGAACAUGCCACAGGUGAUGCCGUGCAGGAACAACUAUCUUGGAAACUUUGGGUUCCACAGUCUUUAACUCAUGAUCUCAUCGAGCGAGCACACGACCACCCGCUUUCGGCACAUGGAGGGUUGGGUAAGACCCUAGGGCGUUUGAAAACUUUCUUUUUCUGGCCUAAGAUGGCGAAACAGAUUUCCGAGUAUGUUUCGGCAUGCGAAGUGUGCAAGCAGACUAAGUCUACCAACAGGAUUUUGAGACCACCGAUGGGUCAGCAGAACAUUUCCACUAGAGUAUUCCAAAAGUUGUAUCUAGACUUGUUGGGUCCGUACCCAAGAUCAUCGACAGGGCUUAUUGGUAUAAUCGUCGUUCUGGAUCAUUUGUCCAAGUUUCACUUUUUGGAACCCAUUAGAAAGUUUACUGCUAAUGUCAUCGUUGAAUUCCUAGAGAAACGCAUUUUUCAUAUUUUUGGGGUUCCAGAAUGCAUAACGACGGAUAAUGGGGUGCAGUUUAAAUCGAAUUUGUUUAGAUCAUUUCUAGAUAGCUAUGGAGUGUCUCAUAACUUGACAGCCAUUUACUCUCCGCAAGCAAACGCUAGUGAGAGAGUCAAUAGGUCAGUCUUGGCGGCAAUACGUGCCUACGUCAACCCCAGUCAAAGGGACUGGGAUGUGAAAUUGUCCUCUAUUAGUUGUGCUCUGAGAAGCUCCAUUCAUACUAGCACUGGAUUCUCUCCCUAUUUUACAGUAUUUGGCCAGAACAUGAUGACCAAUGGAAAAUCGUAUAGCCUCCUUCGCCAAUUAAAUCUUUUAGAUGACCAUACAGCUGACUUAAAACCUGAUGAGAAGACGGAUUUGAUAAGGAAAAAGGUACAAGACAAUAUUAGGAAGGCAUAUGAGAGAAAUGUUAAAACUUAUAACUUGAGAUCACGAGCUGUUAACUUUGAUAUAGGUCAAAUCGUUUUUCGAAGAAAUUUUGCGCAGUCGAAGGCUGCAGACCAUUUUAAUAGCAAACUUGCAAAUCAAUUUGAGAAGGCUAGAGUUUCAGCGAAGCAUGGAUCUUGUUAUUAUGAUCUUGAGGAUAUGUCAGGAAGACCUUUGGGAAAAUUCCAUGCUAAAGAUAUUAAGGCUUGACUUCAGCUUUUGUUCUCUCUUUAUCAUCAAUCGGAACAAAAUCUGUGUUGUAAUGGUACAUAUUUUUUUUAUCAUCAUUGUUCACAGAAUAAUUAUUUUUAUACGAAUGAUUUAAUUUGCCAUCACUGGCAUUGACACAUUAAUUGGGUUUGUACAGUCCGUAUGAUGUUUUUUUUUUCAGUCUAUCUGAUAUUCUGUUUAUAACAACAGCAAUCUAUGAUUAAGCACGAGGACUGUCGAUGCUAUGGAAAUGACAAGAGGAUGACGUUAGUGGCUCUCUUUUCCAGUCUGUUUCUAUUUACUUUCGAGUUGGUAUUUACAACAAAAGCGAUCUAUGAUUGGGCAAUGAUUGAUGGAUGGCUAGAGCUUUUGGUGAUGAUUAUUUUUUUUUUUUGCUCUCUUUUCUUUUUAUUGCUCUAAGCAAUAGUUUUCAUUCUUGGGCUCUUGAGACGAAUGCGAAAUAACCAGUUAUCUUUUUCUAUCUUCUUGUUUAAAGAAUUUUUUUUUUUUGAUUCUGUCUUCACAUCGAGCCUUGGUGAUAGUCGAAAUGUGAAAGACAAGUUCUUUUUAAUUUGUAAUCCUCCGCAACAAGACAUCAAAGCGACAAAAAGUGAGACUCAGAAAAAAAAGAAAAAAAAAGGAAAGACCUUAAAGGGUACAGUGUUUUUUUUUUAUAUACGGCCAAAUUUAAAUCGUGUGAACGAUUAAGCGAAGUUGUUUGUGUGCAAAGACACCUUUUUACUUCCGUAUUUUUUUUUUGUUUCAAUUUGAAUGAAAUUCUGUCUAAAUUGGAACAAACGAAUUUUUGAUUUUUAUUAAAUUCCUGAAUUUAAAAUACCCAGGGCAUACUGGUCAUACAUAACCUCUCUCGAGUAUAGGCCUGUGAAACCCAUAAAGCCAGACACGUGGGCUUUUGGGUUACUCGAGAGACGGGUUCCCCUUUUAUUGACGGGCCACAUAUGCCGAUUUUGAUUUCCGCAGCAUAUGUAUCAAGUGAAAGCUGGCAUAACCUAAAUGGGAUUUGCAAAUUUAUGAAGGUCGCAGAAAUUGGACUAAUUAAUACCUAAAAAUACCUACAACUAUACUUCCUUUAAACCCAAAUUUAUAAGAAAA